GGGAUAGGGAGACUGAUAAUUCACCAUUGUUGCACGGAAAAUAUAUUGCGUUACGUUGCACAGAUAUUCGUUUGAAUAUAGUCCUCUAAGAGUCUUAGUCUUUGAGUCUAAAACUUCAAAAAGGAAACUGAAGAUUUGAAAAUGUUCCAAUGAGAAUAGAGCUGUAUGGCAACCUCAAAUUGUGGCUUUUCCAGAGCAAAAACAGACAGUUUCAAAGAUAAUGUUUCAAUAGCCUACAGUCUUUCUGUAGUCAAGGUCUUGUCGGUUAAAUCCAGUUAGAAACCCAUGGACCUCAACAAAGCUGCUGACACCUGUGUAGUUCGUCACUGCCGACACAAACCUGCGACAUACACAGCAAAAAAGUGUCUCAAAGCGUAGUGUUUCCUGCACCGACCGCAUUUGGGGGCUUCAUAGGCGCCUUCCCAUUAAGCUGACGCCACGAAUUGCUGUCUAUGUAGGCAGCUUGAUAGAGUUUGAAACGCGCCCACGCACUAAACUGCUGUGUGUCGUCUCGCAUUUGAUGAAACAUCUUCUUCACUUCCACUAGAGAGGAAAAGAACAGCAGUAUUCACAUUUAUGAGGUCUUUAAUUGAUUUUGUGCCUUUGUUUCUCUGACAUCAGUCUAUAAGACUUUCUGUCAAACCCUCUUUUCCCAGUGGAAUGUAGUUUGGAGGGCGGAGACUCGCAACUCUACAACAUAACAUUCUGCAUCCCCGUCCUGAAACGGUGAAAUAUGGACAAUGCCUUGAGAAGAAGCGUUAUCAUUCGGGCUCGUUCAGCUCUGUUCAUAUCCGAGUACAGCACAAAGGGAGGAAUGGGAUUUGAGAUCACGGAGAGGUGGAUAUAGUCUGAACUGUCUUUGGACUCCGGAUCUGUAGGUCUUACAUACGACUUGUGUUCAUUGCUGUGUUAAUGCUGAUCGUUUUGUAACGAGGGUUGUUCGUUGUUGAAACGUUGUGGCGAGUGUUGUUUUCUACCUGGUUAGAAAACAAGCGGAUCGCUGCUCAUUUUACCCCCCUGAAAUCUGCUCUGAUAUUGGGGCGGGACGUGAGGAUAAAAGAGUUGGGUGUUCAGCAUGAGGAAUAACGAGGAGACAGAGGGCUAUGAUGGCGAGGCCUCGAACACUUCGAUGAUUUCAGGGGCCAACAGUCCGUAUCAGCCGACCACCGAGCCGGUGCUCUCCAGAAACGUCUUCAGAGGUGUCAGGUGUGACCCGGACUAUGUCAAAUCUCAAUUCGGUAUUUUAAAAGUUAUCGAAGUGGUGCUGGCUCUCAUCUCUUUCAUCUGCAUCGAGACCAUAAUGUCGUGCUCACCCUGUGCUGGCAUCUACCUCUUUGAGUUUGUCAGCUGCAGUGCCUUCGUCGUUACAGGCGUCUUGCUCCUCGUCUUCAGUCUGAACCUGCACACCAAAGUGCCGCAUGUCAACUGGAGUCUAACAGAUUUAAUCAACACUGCCACCAGCACCUUAUUUUUCUUUCUGGCUUCAGUGGUUUUGGCAGCUAUCAACCAUAAAACUGGAGCAGAGAUUGCAGCUGUGAUAUUUGGGUUCCUGGUGAUGGGAGUGUAUGGUUUGAACACAUAUUUGGCUGUGCGAAGGUGGCGUCUCGGGGACUCGCGUGACGGAGCCCUGCCAACCAAUGAGUACAUUCGUGCCCGCACAGCCUCACGAGGAGAGGUGGAGUCACGGCCUGAGCUACAGUAAAAGCCAGUCAGACCAAUAAAACCUGAGGCAGGUGAAGCCCCACCCACACGGUCUACAUUCCUCUAACAGUUUGCUCUUUCACAUCCUUAUGGUGGGAGUCUGUUGACUGGCCAAUUAUGAUAUAUAUGUACGUACAAACAGGGGAUGACAGGAAUUCUCUCCACAGUGCUCCUAAACUUAUCCCAGUGGGGAGCCUGAGUGGUCUUAUGUUGUGUCGCAGCCAGGAUCGGCUGGUUUUAAUAAUGUCUGCACUAAGCUGGACAAAACCUGUCAGCCACCAUUUGAAAACACUUCUGUUUAACUCAGCCUGAAAGGAACACUACUUUGUCAUAUAUUAGCAAUGAAAAACCAAAUGUGUGUUCUGAUUUUGGGGGAAAUUAAUUAUUGAAAAUGAAUUUAUGCUUAAAAGAAUAGUUCACCCGAAAACAAUCUAAUCAUACUCACCCUCAUGCCAUCACAGAUGUUUAUGACUUUCUUUCUUCUGCUGAACACAAAGAUUUUAGGAAGAAUAUUUCAGCUCUGUGGGUUCAUACAAUGCAAGUGAAUGGUGGCCAGAAUGUGAAGCUCCAAAAAGCACAUAAAGACAGAAUAAAAGUAAUCCAUACGACUCCAGUGGAUUCAGAAGUGAAAUGAUAUGUGUGGGUGAGAAACGGAUCAAUAUUUAUACCCUUUUUAACUAUACAUAUCCAAUUUCACAUUUACAUCCACAUUCUUUUUCUUCUGUUUUUUUGGCAAUUCACAUUCUUCAUGCGUAUCGCGACCUACUGGUUGAGGUUGGUCAAAGGUGAAGAUUUAUAGUAAAAAAAAAAAAAAAAGGACUUUAAAUAUUGAUCUGUUUCUCACCCACCGCUAUCAUAUCACUUCUGAAUCCACUGGCGUCAUAUGGAUUAUUUUUUAUUCUGCCUUUAUGUGCUUUUUGGAGCUUCAAAGUUCUAGACACCAUUCACUUGCAUUGUAUGGACCAACAGGUCUUCUUCUACAAAUCUUAAUUUGUGUUCUGUAGAAGAAAGAAGUCAUACACAUCUGGAAUGGCAUCUUUCUUUAGAGGUAACCUUUGCUAACAAGAACACAAUGAUUGGAAGCACUUCUUCCCUCUUUUUAUAGCAAUCAGUCUGCUCUUGUAAGCCAAUCAGAAUGAUAGAAUGAUUUCACCUGACUAGUACUCGUUCACACUUUGAUAUGAUUAGUGAAAUGAUGUUAGCUGGUCAUUUUGUGCCAGGGCCAAAAAACUGUGAAAUUUGGGUUUUUGUGAUAAAGUUCAUUUUUUUGGCCAUUUGAAUCUUUUUGCAAUUAUUUAAAAUGCAUCUGAUCAAUCUGCACAAUAAUCUAGAAACAAUGUGAAUCAAUGUGAAGAUUUAUAGUCCAUUGUAUGGACCAACAGGUCUUCUUCUACAAAUCUUAAUUUGUGUUCUGUAGAAGAAAGAAGUCAUACACAUCUGGGAUGGCAUGAGGGUGAGUAAAUGAUGAGAGAAUUUUUAUUUUUGGGUGAACUCUUCCUUUAAUAGACUGAUUUAACCUUUCUUAUAAUGAUUUUGCAUAUUUUUGACUAAAGUGGAAUGGCAGCUGGUGGGCCUCUCUUUCUGGACAAUUUCAUGAUAUUUUAUUCUCAUGGAAAAGUGUUUUGUAAGCAACCAAUUAGGUUUUUCUCUCUGCCUUGAUCGUCAUAUCAAACACAUCUGAGUAAAAUGCAGUUAGAUUCUAGUUCUCUGUAGAGGAGGGGCCCACUAGGAGCACCAGUAUUUAUUUUAAUGUUUUUUUUUUUAAUACCACUCCUUUGGUAGCUACGCUGUACCAAACAUAACAUUUCACCUCUGGAAUGUGACCCUGUAUUAAAACUUGCUGCAACAUCUUUCAAACAGUAUGUGUUUAUGUGUGUGGAGGAUUGGCGUGUUUGAGUUUUAUGGCUUGUUUGAAAUUUUGAUACUAAUCUUUGUAUACAACAAAUUUUUAGAUAUUUUCAGAGACUAAAUCCUGUGUGCAUAGUCUAUUGGUUGUUGUUGUUGUUCAUGUCUUUGUGUUUGUUUGUAAUGAUUUCUAUACUCCACUGUGUACGCCUGCUCUGUCCAUUUAUCUGUAUAUGUUGAUUUAACCAAGGAUAGACUUUUGAAGAAGGUGUAUUUAUUAAGCAGCUCUGUGUAUGAUAUGAAAUGAUUUUAAUGAAGGGUCCAUGUUUGUAUGAAUUCUUAUGACUGACAUUUAUAAACUUUAGUUUAAGGAAUGACUGUACUAAGUGUGCAAUAUAUGAUUGCAUUAGUUGAUAUUGUGUGCCUUAUGUCAUAGAGGCUAGACUAGUCCAAAUGCUCAAAAUACUGGACAAAAUGUUAUGUCAGGAUUAUCAGAAUACCUGUAUUAAAAGGUCAAUGGGUGAAAUUAAAAAAAUUGAAAGUCUUGCUUUGAGGAACUGAUCCCUUGUAUGAUGUUUUAGAACAUUUAUUUUUAAUCAAAAAUAACUGAAUCAAUUUUAAGGUCUAGUGCAAUUGCACAUGGUUUUAUUCUUGAAGUAACUUUGAUUUAAAUCAUUCCUCAUAUUAUUCAUAGUAUACCUUUUGUGUCUUACAUUUUUUUAUUGAAGUCACUGUUACUUAUUAGCAUGAGACCAACAUUGAAAUGAAAUAAUUUAGAAUCCUGGACUCGCCACGUUAUGUGGAAUUUUCUAGAAAGAUUGUGUGGGUUUGAAGAAUAAUUUAUGUCUUAAUGUAGCACUCUGCGGUACAGUGUUCAUUUUUCCGAUAUUGAUGACAAUACUGUGUGUUAUGCUUUAAUAAUUGGUAACAGCUUUUACUGUGCUUUGACAAUAGAUGCUACAUUUCUCACUUGAAGAUUUUAGCAUCAAAUUCCUGAUUUUGACCAUAUGGUUUGGACUGUGUAUUUCCAGCUCACAAAUCAUAUUAAUCCGUUUUAGAUAUUUGAAGUAUACCAUUGAUAAAAAAAUAUAUAUAUUUCAAAAUGAACUGUUGACAUUUUAUGGGACUCAAAAGUUUGUACUGUAUGAUUACAACUGAUAACUGUUUUGUUUCUUGCUGACUUUUCCUUUAUUAUAGAAAGCAAAGUUUUACUUCAUUGUAACAGUGCUCUAAAUUUGUAUAUUUGUAUUUAUAGAGUUGUGUGUAGACAUGAAAAAUGCUAAUUAUUUGUGAUGGCAAUCAUUUCCUCCCAAUAAAUGGAUCUGGAUAGACCAUGUUGAAUAAGUGACAAAAGUCUUGCUACUUUGGCACCCACUGCAUUUAGAUUUAGAUUCACUCAAGGAAAUGCACCAUAUAUGUUGUCACUAUAAAA